CUUUAAAAUUCUUGACCCACAAUUAUUCACGUCCUUAUUUAUAUACUCCGUUUACUUGUAGAGCGCGAUGUGCAGUCACGAUGUCAGACGCAAUUUUUCACUGGAUCAGCUUUUGCUUUCUUGUUGCAGACGGCAGACGAGUUUCACAAGCUCCUUGAACAUUCCCUGUGAAGUAGUUCAGUGCAGUAGUUUGCUCUCUUCACACCUGAAGGACGCUGGUAAGAUGCUGAAGAUUGUGCUCCCCCGUCUUGUGACCACGACUGCCGCUUGUCGCCCGCCAUCUCUACAUCUGACGUCACUGUUAUCUCUACCGUCAAGGAAGAGGGCGUCAGAUGGCGCUGCUACGUCAACGAUGCGAAGAGAGAUGUCUGGAGAUGUAGCAGGUGCCGAGACACCUUCCUUUCAAUACUUCUGGCAGCCUGGUUCUGGCUUCUAUGGCGAAAAUCUCGGAAGACAGGCACAACCUUCGGUUGCCAUUUGUGAAGAAAUUGUUUUAUCUUAUAUCGACGCCGUGCCGGUGCCUUCACCAAAAGGCGUGUUCACCAUUGGUGACUAUGGAACGUGCGAUGGGACAGUGUCUCUACGACUGAUACACAAGGUCAUCGACCACUUGCGAAACAAACAUGGACCCGAUCUGAAGAUCCAGGUGUUGUACGAAGAUCACGCAUCCAACGACUACAACAGCCUCUUCAAAACUAUUUACGGUCAAACCUCGUACAUGACCAAGUUCACCAACGUGUUCCCCCUGGUAUGUGGCACUAAUUUCUACAAGCAGUGUGUACCUGAUAACACCUGUGACAUCAUCAUGUCCUCAUUCGCUACGGUGUAUUUGAGUAACGAGAGUUACGUGAGAUGUUCCAAUACAAUGUUCCCCUGGCGGUCGACAUCACAAGAGGAGUUGCGCGCUCACCGCGAGGCUGCAGCACGUGACUGGCAGACGUUCCUCCUCCACAGAGCAGCAGAACUCAAACCAGGUGGACUUCUUUUCGAUGUUCAGGCUGCUAGACUCCUGGGGAGCAACCCUCCACAGACUCGAACUUUGACCUACCCUCUCGCUGAAAACUUCACUGGAGUGGGAGUAGAAUGCGUCCAAGAUAUUUGGACUUGUUUUGAUUUGAGUUGGAAGGAAUUAUACAUGGAAGGACUAAUUACAAAAGAGGAGUUCCAGUCGUGCACUCUUCCGCUGACAUACCGGACUUUACACGAAAUAAAGGCUCCUUUCGAGAAUGCCGCCAUGUCUCCAGUCCCACAGGCUGGUCUCAACUUGUUAAAUGACCCACAAGAGUUUAUCACUCAUUGCUCUGUCAAGAAACUGUGGCGACAAAAGCUACAGACUGAUGGCGUUGACGACAGAAUGAUGUUUGCUCAACUUCUCGCAAAGGCAUUUUAUCUUGUGUUGGAUGCGACUUUGAGAAACACUUUGAGAUACACACGACCUGCUGAGGAACACUUACCCAUAAUCCAACGCCUCCAGCAGACGUUCAUUCAAAAAGUUGCUGCCUUGAACCCAGAGACUUUUAGAAGUGAAUAUGUUGUGGUAAUUCUCGCUGCACAGAAGUCAAAAUGACUGGCAAAUGUAUAAUACAUUCUUGCACUUUACUUAUGCUGGCUUAGUUAGGAUUUUAUUAUUAUUAUUUAUGUUAUUUUGUUUUGUUUAAUAAACAGUGGCAGACUCUUACAGGCAAAUCAUUUUGUUUAUUUGUGUGAAAGAACAC